GCCUGUCCACCAGAAGGGAAAUAAUCAACCAAAUGGCGACUUAUCUCCGGCAACCUUGUCUUUUCAUCUUACUUCCCUGCCUCCUAAUUGUCGCCGUUAAUUGCAAGACUCUCAAACGAGACGUGAAGGCAUUAAAUGAAAUAAAGGCAUCACUAGGAUGGAGGGUGGUAUAUGCUUGGUUGUCUCUGUAUCUUCUAUUUUUCAUCCGCUUUCAAGUAUAUGAAAUUUGUAUUCUUAUUUCUUAUGGCAGGGAUCUACACAAUAACAAACUGACCGGGCCAAUUCCACCUCAAAUUGGGCGGUUGAAGCAUCUUAAGAUACUUAAUGUUAGGUGGAAUAAGCUGCAAGAUUCCAUUCCUCCAGAAAUUGGUGAAUUAAAACAGUUAACGCAUCUCUAUUUGAGUUUUAAUAAUUUCAAAGGCGAAAUCCCGAAGGAGCUUGCAAAUCUUCCCGAACUUCGAUAUCUCCAACUUCAUGAAAAUCGGCUGACUGGAAGAAUUCCACCUGAAUUGGGAACUUUGCCAAAUCUGCGGCACUUGGAUGUUGGUAACAAUCAUUUGGUUGGGACAAUAAGGGAACUCAUACGCAUCGAAGGAUGUUUCCCAGCUCUUCGUAACCUAUAUCUUAAUAACAACUAUCUUACUGGAGGCAUUCCAGCACAGCUUGCAAAUUUGACAAAACUGGAGAUCUUUUAUCUAUCUGGAAACAAGAUGUCUGGAAUUAUACCAUCUGGUCUUGCUCAUAUACCUCAAUUGACUUAUUUGUAUCUGGAUCAUAAUCAAUUUUCCGGUAGGAUUCCUGAUGCCUUCUACAAGCACCCAUUCUUAAAGGAAAUGUACAUCGAAGGCAAUUCAUUUCGGCCAGGUGUGAACCCAAUUGGUGUCCACAAAGUCCUAGAACUUUCAGAUUCAGACUUCGUAGUUUAGACAAAAUGAUCAACUCAAGUUUGAUUAGUUUUGUUUGUUGAUGUAGUAGUUUUUCUGUCAAAGAAUUUAUCUACCACGUCUGAAGAUUAUGCUGGCAACCUUUGGCUCACUAGAAAGCUGUAUUGAUGAGUUAUUAGGAUUAUAAUUAAGUUGCGUGAGCUGUAGAUAAAGAUAAGCUUCACAUAGAAAUAUGUUUUUCAUUAACAAUUAUUUUAUAAUCCCUCUUGUUAUCAUUAAUCGUUUAAAUAUAUUAAAAUGUUAAACAUUCCCUCCC